AUGCGAAAAGAAGCACGUUCUGUCAUGAUGCACAUUCCUGAUCGCCAUGGAGUCGUUGCGAAGGUUGCGGGCAAGCAUUACCUUGCACUGACUGCACAAGAGAAGUCCUGCGUCACUCUCCUUGAUGUUGUUUGCAACAUUGGGUGGUCCUUUGGUAGGGAUGAGAUCGAAACCUACAGCGCUGCUGAUAUACGAUUUGAGGCUUCUCUGCCAGUCCACUUUGCAGUGGUGCGCAAAGCUCAUCACGCAGGGAGUCCCGCUUGUUCGAGAGGACUUCGGUCCAGCCUAACUGAGGAUGGGGAGUUUCACCAGGCGCCUCUGUGGGGUCUCCUGGUUUCUGGGGGAAUUGGAACCUGGCAGGCCAUGUUGGACUUGAAUGAGAUUAUGAGUUCUCCAUUUGCUGCAGCUGACCAAUUGGUCACUGGCCUGGACUCCUGGCAUCCAAGCUGGCGUGCCAUCCAGCGUCACUCCUACAAAAAGCUACUCACAAAUGAGAGGGGUAAAAGCGAAGAAGAGGCAGCUUCGGCCAAGUGCCCAACAGCACCAACAUUCCUCCAUACGGCAGCCAAAGUGCCGGCUCCACUGAUUCUACAAGGAGCCACCCUACAGAUUUGA